CUUCAACUUCUACUCAACUACUACCCAAAGCAACAACUAGUCACGAUGCCGCUCGAAUCGUGCAUGCUAGUGCUCGACAACUCCGAGUACAUGCGCAAUGGUGACUACACACCAACGCGUUUCCUCGCCCAGUCGCAGGCCGUCUCGACCGUCUUCUCGGCCAAGACUGACUCGAACCCCGAGUCGGCAGUCGGCCUCAUGACCAUGGCUGGCAAGUCGCCUUCCCUCCUCGUGACGCCCACCAACGACAUUGGCAAGCUGCUCUCGGCGCUCAACAAGGCCACGAUCGGCGGUGUUUCAGACCUGAUCACGUCGAUCCAGGUCGCCCAGCUCGCCCUUAAGCACCGCGAGAACAAGAACCAGCGCCAGCGCGUCGUCGUGUUCGUCGGCUCGCCCAUUGACGACACGAAGGAGGAGCUUGUCAAGCUCGGCAAGCGCUUGCGCAAGAACAACGUGCUCAUCGACAUUGUCACGUUUGGAGACGAGGGUAUGGCCAACGACGAGAAGCUCGGCGCGCUCGUCGAGGCUGCCGGCGACGGCGAGUCCCACCUCGUUUCGGUCCCACCAGGACCCCACCUUCUCUCCGACGUGAUCCAGCAGUCGCCUAUUCUGUUCGACCCCGAGCGUGCCGGAGCGUCGGGCAGCGGCGGUGGCGGCGGCGGCGACCUUGGCGUGGACGACUUUGACCCCUCGAGCGACCCCGAGCUCGCCAUGGCCCUGCGCAUGUCAUUGCAGGAGGAGCAGGAGAGGCAGGCGCGUGGACGCGGCGAGGCUCCGGCCGUCAGCUCAAAUACUGCUGUCGACGUCGGCGCUAUCCCUCAGGACAUUGCCGCGCCCGCCAACCCCGAAGCAGGACACGCUGCGGGCUUCACCGAGGCCAUCACGGCGCCUCUGUCCAAUGCCAACGACCCAACAGUAGCCGAGGCUGCUGGCGACGAUGACGAGUACCUCGACGAGGAUGACGAGGAGGAGGCGCUCCUCGCCCGCGCGAUGGCACUGUCUCGCGGCGACAACCCCGACGACCACGACAUUCUCAUGGCCGAGGACGAGGAGGACGAGGACGAGGAGGCUGCUAUCGCGCGCGCUAUCGCCAUGAGCCUCGAGGACUCGCAGAAGGAAGACAAGGACAAGAAGUAG